AUGACAAUGGCACGUCUUUUUGUUUUUUCAGUUCUCUUAUUAUUCAUCCUUGGAGUUAUCACUGGAAGGACAUCUGAAACAAACCAGGAAAUUGCUCAGAUUGUCUUCAUCAGCUGUAAUAAGCACGAUAGAGAACAAAGUUACUGGGAUCUUAUAGCAUCCACUGUAGAACAUAGAAAUCAAAUGAAGACGCGUAUUACUUCUCCUGGUCAUACGUUGGGUAGUUGCACAGCUAUCACUCCUGUUGAUGCACUUGUGUGGUUAGGGGAUGCGGUGUAUGCAGAUAAUUACUCCCUUGUAGGUGGUUCAUUCCCGAAUAGCAAUUUAGAAGUUAUGCGGUCUAAGUUUGUGCAGCAGCGAAACGCCCCAGAGUAUACGGCCUUCCGUCGCACAUGUGUACGUCGCCGUGAUCCCUCUCAGUUAAAGUAUUCAGAUGAGGAGGAGAACUCUAUUCUUGGUGUUUGGGAUGAUCAUGAUAUGGGCAAGAAUGAUGGUGGGGCAGAGUAUGAAGGAAAAGACGACGUACAAGAAAUUUUUCUUGAUUUUCUUGGUCUUUCCAGCGAAGACCCACGCCGCAAACAGCAGGGGGUUUAUAGUUUUGAAGCCAUUCCUUUUCAAAGUUUAGAAGUCCAAGCAGGUGAAACUGAUAAUAGUGAUGAUGCUGAUCAUGACAAUAAAAAGAAUCAUCAAGAUGACACUGUUGAUGGAAAACCUUCUAUUAAAUAUCUAGCGUUAGAACAGCUGAAGCGUUUGUAUGAUGCGGCGGUGUGUGUUGUUCUUCUUGAUGUUCGUUACUUCCGUGAUCCCGCAAAUGCCACUCGUAGUGGUGACAUGUUAGGUGAGCCGCAGUGGAGAUGGUUGGAAGAGCGGCUCCGUGAUGAUAUUGCCGGUGUAAACCCGCAAACAGGUCGUGAACGCUGUGCCCUAACCGUUAUCGGUAGUGGCGUGCAAAUCAUUAUGGAUGAGAAAGUGAGUGAAAGUUGGGGUGCCUUCCCUAAAUCCCGUGAUCGUCUGCUCAUGCUGCUGCGUAAAUACCACACCGAGCGUGUGUUAUUUGUCAGUGGGGAUGUACACCUUGGUGAGAUUGGAAUGGAUAGCACGAAGAGUGCAAUGCAUACACUUGGGUACCCUAUCAUUGAGGCAACAAGUUCUGGACUGACACAUAGUUCAGCCAAGUUUAUUGGAUUGCCUACACUUAUUAAUGUGAUUUUUCCCUCACCUCGCCGUGUUGGUAUCUAUGUUGAGCGCAAUUUUGGAGUCUUACAGUUGACUGUGAACUCAGAGUUUAAGGAUACAUGGUCUAAAGGGACGAAUGAAAUGGAGAGACAUCGUCUGGAAGAGUAUAUUAACGUAUCCAUCUCAAUUCAUAGUAUUCCAAAACAUGGACAAUCUGUGUUGGACCUCACAUUUCCACUAAGUGCUCUCACUCACCGUUCAGGUUGUCAUUUUUUCAAUGCGAACGUUGAUAAAUUUGGUAGAGUUGUAAAAUCAAAAGCUGGUAUGAGUCAAAGAUGUAGUGUAAUAUCAGAAGAAAGUUAUUAUGAUAAGGAUUCUAUUAUACCUCAACAUUAUCCUUCGACUAAACCUACUCCUUUUCUUACUUUUACUAUUCAGCUUAUUCAACGUUGCGUAUUUCCAACAUAUACGCUAUUACAGGUGGUUUCGGAAACAAUAAAAAUCUCUGUGAUAGUUGGAAUAGUAUUGAUCAUUACUCUUACUAUCUAUUGUUGUUAUAGAAGUACUUCAAACAAAUCGAAAGUUGCGUGA